UCCUCCUAGAUCCUCCUGCCGCAGGUUUCCGAUUAAUUGCUCGCUGAGAAGCUCAGGUGGAGCUGAGGCUCAGUAGUCCUGUGCAGGCAGGUGGGCGCAUGCGCAGCGCGCGCUCUUACCGGCUGGCCCGGGGCGAGUACAGCUACCAGGACCAAGAAGUCACACUCCAUCAUUUCCACAAUACCCUGUUGGUUACACAGGUCAAUCCUGGUCACUGUGGACGGAGACUGCACAAGGAUACUUGUGCUAUAUGAAGUUGAACAUGGCGGAAGAAGAGGACUAUAUGUCUGAUUCCUUCAUUAGUGUCCAACAAGACAUCAGACCAGGAUUGCCAAUGCUGAGGCAAAUCCGAGAAGCCCGUCGAAAAGAAGAAAAGCAGCAGGAAGCUAAUUUGAAAAACAGGCAGAAGAGUUUAAAAGAAGAAGAACAAGAAAGACGUGACAUUGGAUUGAAGAAUGCACUAGGCUGUGAAAACAAAGGGUUUGCUUUACUCCAAAAGAUGGGGUAUAAAAGUGGUCAGGCCCUUGGCAAGAGUGGGGGUGGUAUUGUUGAACCAAUUCCUCUCAACGUCAAAACAGGGAAGAGCGGCAUCGGUCACGAGACAUUACUGAAGCGGAAAGCAGAGGAGAAACUCGAAAGCUACAGAAGGAAGAUCCACAUGAAAACCCAGGCCGAAGAAAAAGCCGCAGAGCAGUUUCGACUGCGACUGAAACAUAAGCAGGAUGAAGUGAAGCUGGAAGGGGACCUUAGAAGAAGCCAGCGAGCCUGCCAGCAGCUGGAUACACAAAAGAAUAUUCAGGUUCCCAGAGAAGCAUGGUACUGGUUGGGGCUUGAAGAGGAAACUGAGGAAGAUGAAGAGGAAGAAAAAGAACAAGAUGAAGAUGAAUAUAAGAGCGAAGACUUGAGUGUCCUGGAAAAAUUACAAAUAUUGACUGGUUAUUUAAGAGAAGAACAUCUGUAUUGUAUUUGGUGUGGAACAGCCUUUGAAGAUAAAGAAGACCUCUCUUCAAAUUGCCCAGGACCAACUUCUGAAGAUCAUGACUAAGAUUAUUCUCAAUAAAGUAGAAACUUGGAAAUUGU